AUGGGUAGCGAUACUCAAGAAGAUAGAAUGCCUAUGCUUAUCCCAAUGGCGCACAUGUCCGAUGGAGAAUCAUCAGUAUUUGGAGUGACAGCUGAACAGCUGGUGGAGAUGGUUGAUCGAAAAGAUUUGGAUUUCCUUGAUCAACUAGGUGGAGUCGAUGGAUUAGCAAGAGCUCUUCAGUCCCACCCAAUUCGCGGACUAUCGAGCACAGAUUGUGGAAUGAUUGGUCCAGUAAAUACAGCAGAUCCAAAUAAAGAAGAUCGAGGCUGUGAAAGAAUUGAAGCCUUUGGAAUCAAUGUACUACCUACAGUUGAACAAGCCAGUUUGUGGCAGUUGAUGUGGAUCGCCUUUCAAGACAAAACCCUGAUUCUUCUGGUUAUUGCGGCUGCUGUGUCACUAUCUGUUGGUCUCUACCAGGAUCUUACAACAGUCGAAUAUGAUUCAAGUGGCAACCAGGUACCGGGCGUAAAAUGGGUAGAAGGUGUGGCCAUUCUAUUAGCAGUCGUACUGGUUGUAGUUGUUGGAAGCCUUAAUGAUCAUAACAAAGAACGACAAUUCCGAAAGCUAAACGCAAAGAAAGAUGAUCGUCUGGUUAACGGAAUCCGCGAUGGCGUAUCUUGUGUACUGUCGAUUGCAACUGUACAAGUUGGCGAUAUACUUCGUCUGGAGCCCGGAGACAUAUUACCCACUGACGGUGUUUUUGUCCAGGGUCAUCAUCUCAAGUGUGACGAAUCCGGAGCCACGGGCGAGUCUGAUGCAAUCCAUAAAACAUCUCACCGAGCAUCACUUGGAUGGAGUACCCAGCCAUUCUCGAUGUCCUGUUCAUCAUCAUCAAGUGAUACUCAAACUCUUGUCUGCUCUACCGAAGAGAAAGAAGUAUGGCUGGAUGACAGUGCCAGUGUAGCCAGCAUAGCUUCUCCACAUCCAGACCCAUUCUUAAUAUCUGGAAGUAAAGUAUUAGAGGGCAUGUGCACAUAUAUGGUGACAGCAGUAGGACCUCACUCGUUUCAUGGGCGAACAUUAUUGGCAAUGCAAGUAAAGAGUGAGACAACACCACUACAAGAAAAGCUGGACGGACUGGCAGGCCAGAUUGCGACUCUCGGUUCAUUAGCGGGUGGGCUUUUAUGUGUCGUACUGUUGGCCCGUUGCAUAGCUGGCUAUUGGCUAUCAGAUGAGCCACUCGAUCCCACACAAGUAGUUUCACAAGUGAUGCGUAUCUUGGUAACAGCUGUAACGGUAGUGGUUGUGGCUGUUCCUGAAGGACUACCAUUAGCUGUUACACUUGCAUUGGCCUAUGCAACCCGUCGGAUGUUGAAAGACAACAAUCUUGUUAGAGUUCUUGCCGCAUGCGAAACUAUGGGAAAUGCAACAACUAUAUGUACAGAUAAAACCGGAACGCUCACACAGAAUAUAAUGACCGUAGUAGCCGGAAGCUUUGGGCAAUUCGGAUUUGCGGUUAAUCCAGAACCUGCUAGUGAUUUGUGCGAUCCUUCAAAUAUCGGUCGCCGUCUCCCUCUUUCAUUACGCCAAUCAAUUCAGCAAGCAGUUGCUAUCAAUUCAACUGCAUUCAGGACAACUACAACAGAUGGACAGACAAUCCUGGUAGGAAGUCGUACAGAAACUGCAUUAUUAUCUUUCGCAACCGAAUGUCUCGAUAGUCCUCCUUUUGAGAUAUUGAGAAGUGACUGGCCUGUAGAACACGUCUAUCCAUUUAGUUCGGCUAGCAAGCUGAUGGCCAGCUUAAUAAGGGUAAAUUCUUCUAGCCCAAUGUACCGUCUCCACAUCAAAGGUGCACCAGAACUGCUACUUCCACAUUGUUCACACUCCGUAGACCUUCCGAUGACACCAGAACUACUAGCCAAGUUUCAUGCUACACAACACGCAUAUGCUUCACGCAGUCUCCGUACUUUGGCUAUUGCAACCUGUGAUAUCGAUGGCUGGCCUGGUAAUCGUCUAUUGUCUGACAUCCUUGAAGAGAACAAGCUUCACUUAUUGGGUAUUGUCGGUAUCCAAGACCCCCUUAGGGUAGGCGUUAAAGACGCAGUCCGUGCAUGCCAGCGGGCAGGCGUGUGUGUUCGAAUGGUGACCGGCGAUAAUAUCGAGACAGCAAAGAGUAUUGCAAAGGAAUGCGGAAUUUCUUCAAUGGAAAGUCUGGUGAUGGAAGGUGCACAAUACCGCCAGCAAUCGGAUAGCCAGCGACAGGCUCUCUUGCCGCGUUUACAUAUUUUAGCUAGAGCAAGCCCAGAAGAUAAGCGUCAACUGGUCCUAGAUCUUAAAGCAACUGGCGAAACAGUAGCUGUGACAGGCGAUGGUACCAAUGAUGGACCGGCACUAAGAUCAGCAGAUGUUGGGUUCUCCAUGGGGCUCACAGGAACAGAGGUCGCAAAAGAGGCAUCAAGCAUUAUUCUUAUGGACGACAAUUUUGCAAGCAUUGUCAAGGCUAUCUCUUGGGGACGCUGUGUAAACGACGCGGUCAAGAAAUUUCUCCAGUUUCAAAUCACGGUUAACAUAACUGCAGUCAUGCUGACAAUAAUUUCUGCGGUGUUAAGCGAUGAACAAGCAUCUGUUUUGACCGCUGUUCAGCUAUUGUGGGUGAAUCUAAUUAUGGACACAUUCGCCGCCCUGGCCCUUGCUACCGAUCCACCUACUCCAGACCUUCUUGAGCGGUUACCAACUUCUCGCAGCUCACAUUUGAUUGACAGAAGGAUGUGGAAAAUGAUUAUAGGCCAAGCCGUUUAUCAAAUUAUUGUGAUGCUCAGUUUGCUAUACACUAAUGUUCUUGGACUGGCACAUGUACCUGCCACUCUUCAAACGAUGGUAUUUAAUACCUUUGUAUUCUGUCAGAUAUUCAAUCAAGUCAAUUGUCGACGCAUUGAUAACAAAUUCAAUGUAGUAAAAAACAUACCCAACAACCCAUUUUUUAUUUUUAUAUUUAUCAUUAGUGUGGUUGGUCAAGCCAUGAUUGUCCAAUGGGGAGGACCUGCCUUUCAGACUAUACCACUUGGUGUAUCGCAGUGGUGUCUAAGUGUCUUAAUAGGAUCCUUUUCAUUGAUCAUUGGUGCAGUUCUUAGACUUGUCCCAGACCAUUUGAUUCAGAUACCCGGAAGAUCAUUCUACCAGCCAAUAAGUCAAGAACAUUCAUGA